CCGCCUCCCGCCCUUCCCGGACCGCUCCGGCCCGGCGCUUCCAGACGCUCUUCUGCUCCCGCCCUGGUCGCCCGGCCAUGGGUCUCGGGCGCGGGGUCGCCCAGUCUGCGGCGUGACGGGCGGCUCAGAGGCCGCCAGCGUCUUCACUCCCACCCGGAGCGGCCCGACGCACCGCCUGCUUCGGGAGCACUCGCGCGCAAAGCAAAGCCCGCCGCCCAACUCAUGGAGCUGCCUCACUGUCCAAUCUGAUCGCCCAGGUCACCACACCCCAGCACCGACCUCCUGCCAGACAGUCACCAUGGGCCAGUGCUACUACAAUGAGACCAUCGGCUUCUUCUACAACAACAGCGGCAAGGAGCUCAGCUCCCACUGGCGGCCCAAAGAUCUGGUCGUGGUGGCGCUGGGCCUGACUGUCAGCGUGCUGGUGCUUCUGACCAACCUGCUGGUCAUCGCAGCCAUCGCCUCCAAUCGCCGCUUCCACCAGCCCAUUUACUACCUGCUCGGCAACCUGGCCGCAGCUGACCUCUUUGCCGGUGUGGCCUACCUCUUCCUCAUGUUCCACACAGGCCCGCGCACAGCCCGGCUGUCACUCCAGGGCUGGUUCGUGCGGCAGGGCCUGCUGGACACAAGCCUGACGGCCUCCGUGGCCACACUUCUGGCCAUUGCCGUGGAGCGGCACCGCAGUGUGAUGGCCGUGCAGCUGCACAGCCGCCUGCCCCGAGGCCGGGUCAUCAUGCUGAUUGUGGGCGUGUGGGUGGCCGCGCUGGGGCUGGGGCUGCUGCCCGCCCACUCCUGGCACUGCCUCUGUGCCCUGGAGCGCUGCUCUCGAAUGGCCCCCCUGCUCAGCCGCUCCUACCUCGCCGUCUGGGCUCUGUCCAGCCUGCUCGUCUUCCUGCUCAUGGUGGCUGUCUACACCCGCAUCUUCUUCUAUGUGAGGCGGCGAGUGCAGCGCAUGUCCGAGCACGUCAGCUGCCACCCCCGCUACCGUGAAACGACGCUGAACCUGGUCAAGACGGUCGUCAUCAUCCUAGGGGCGUUUGUGGUCUGCUGGACGCCGGGCCAGGUGGUGCUGCUCCUGGAUGGACUGGGCUGCAAGUCCUGCAACGUCCUGGCAGUGGAGAAGUAUUUCCUACUCUUAGCCGAGGCCAACUCUCUGGUCAAUGCUGUGGUGUACUCCUGCCGUGAUGCUGAGAUGCGCCUCACUUUCCGCCGUCUCCUCUGCUGUCGGUGCCUCCGCCCAUCUACCCAUGAGUCUGUUCGCUACACAGCCUCCACUCACACAGGCGCUAGUACCCGCAUCAUGCUUCCUGAGAACGGCCAUUCCCUGAUGGACUCCACCCUUUAGCUGACCUUGGACUUCAGCAGGGUACAGCAAAUGCCACAUCGCCGCCCCAGCCACUGUGGAUGCACCUGGCUCUACCCAGUCUGCGGGCCAGACUUAAAGGCAGACCGUCGGUCUGACAUGGCAUGAACCACUGCCAGCCCUACCCAGGCACACAGCUGUGCCUGUCUCUGAGCCUGCGGGUUAGGGUCAUCUAUGCAACUGGGAGAGAGCUGAAUGGGGUGCAAGAAGCGGGCUCUGAAGUCAUCUCAGGUUGGGGGGCUUUCUAACAGACACUUUUCUACUUUUUUAUGCACACGCCUGGUAACCCUGUGGACUGCUUUCUUGUCUGGGGUGGUGUAGAUGAUAAAGAUGAGAGAGACGAGGACUCUCGGACCACGCGGCCCAGGGAAGCAGGGUAACAAGGAUGGAUUAUGGGUGCCCCGUCUGCCUGAGGCUGUUUAGGGGCACAGACAGGAGCGCCGAGUGUGAGCUGGGAAAGGUCUGUGACCCCUUGCAGCCUCCAAGGGUCUUGCCUGUCCCCAUGAGAACUGAGGCGGUCUACAAGGAGGCAUGAUUUAAGGAGUAAACUUUUCUACUCUGAGA